UUGAGGCGGGGCAAAAGGGUUGUGGGGAGUGGAGCGUCUUAAGAUUGAAUGUGUCUGGGGCUGCACGCUUGCUGGUUCCCAAAAACUUCUGAUUUGUUGUCUUCCGUUUGUCGAAGUGUCUUGGUAACCGCCCCGGGUUAAGUACAGAUAUAUUAUUUAUAUGGAGAAGGGGUGGGAUGGGGGAGAUAAAUGUCUCCAUGAGUGUGAAAGUGAAAGUGAAUAUUGCAGCAGAGAGAUGGCAGGCAGCGAGCCGGCUGUGAAUUUCAGCGAGAACUUACUGUGCCCCAUCUGCAUCGAGCUCCUCGCCGAUGCUAUCACCCUGGACUGCGGGCACAGCUACUGCCAGCCCUGCAUCACCCAGUUCUGGGACAGCCGGCAGUCUCACGUCUCGUGCCCCGAGUGCCGGGCCGAGUUCCCGGACAGGAGGACGAAGGUGGUCCACGCUCUGAGGAACGCGGCGGACCAAGUGCGGCAGGUCCAGGCUCCGAGGGGGGAGCCGGAGCGGUGCCCCCAGCACGGCGACCCGUUCAGCCACAUGUGCGAGACUGAGCAGAAACUGCUCUGUGCCCAGUGCCAGCAGGGGGCCGCUCACCAACAACACGUACUCAAGCCCAUCGCAGACUCUGUUGCUCUUCACAAGGGCGCACUGAAGGAAUCCUUGGACAAGCUGAAGGAGGAGGAGAAAACGCUCGCCGAACUCCGACUGAAAGAAAAACGCAACAUCUCAGCAGUGGGAGAGGCUUUUGUGACUGAGUUGAACCACGUCAAGCAGUGCUUCGCUGAAAUGGGCCGGUUCAUCCAGAAAAAAGAGCAAAGUUUGGUGGAAAAACUGGAGGAAAGGGUGGAGACCAUUUUGAAAAGGAUGGAAGCGAGGCUGGGGGACAUCCAGGAGGGCCUGACAUCUGCUGGGGUGGAAAUCAUGAAGAGAAAAGAACAGAUAGAGGACCAAGACGACUUAAGAUUCCUGAUGGGAUUGAGUCUUCUCAAGCAGAGGCCUCUGGAAGACUUUAAGACGCUGGAAGAUAUCUCUGAGGAUCUCUCGUUGGAAGUGUUGAAAGGCCCUUUACAGUACAGUGUGUGGAAGGAAUUGAGGGAUGUCAUCAGACCAGGGCCAACCUCGCUGACUCUGAACCCUGCCACGGCAAGCCCCUGGCUCAUUCUGUCCGAAGACCUGACCAGCGCGACACACAGCGCUCAGAAACAGCGGCUGUCCGACGACCCCCAGAGGUUUGACCCCUGCCCCUGCGUCCUCGGCUCGGUCGGAUUCACGUCGGGGAGGCACUACUGGGAAGUGAAGGUGGGCAACAAGAGCAGCUGGACCGUGGGUGUGGCCAGGGAGUCAGUCAGCAGGAAAGGGGACGUCCUCCUGUCGCCUCCCAAUGGAUAUUGGGUCCUGGGACUGAGGAAUGGGAAUAGGUACAAGGCCUUUACCUUAACAUUGAGGGACCUCCACUUGGAUGUGAAGCCCAGGGCGAUUGGCGUCUACCUGGACUAUGAGGGAGGGCAAGUGUCCUUUUACAACGCCGAUGGCAUGACCCACCUUCACACUUUCAGAGGCAGCUUCACCGAGAAACUCUACCCUUUCUUCAGCCCCGGACUGAACCACAGGGGCGGGAAUGCGGAGCCUCUUCAGCUGCCUCCCUCGGCCACCUCGAGCUCCAACAAGGAGGCGGAGGAGGAGGAGGAGGAGGAGGGAAUCAGUCCGUGCUCGGAUUGCGGGAGGGAGGGUGCGACCAUCUCCAGUCCCUCCGGGUACGCCAGGAGCUCCCACUGGGACUGGAGCACUUGGAAGCGGGCCUGGCUCUGCUUCGGAUUCCUGGUCGCCCUGGGGGUGUCCUCCCCAGGCCGGGCCGAUUUUGCUGAGACGUACCUGGUGUGCUGCAGCAUGCUGGGGUUCGCCGGCUUGUGCUGGGCCCUGCUGGACAAGGGGAGCCUUGCAGAGGUCACCUGGGUGUCCAGCGGCCUCCUGGGCUAUGCUGGAUUGUGCUGCCUGCUGCUGGCAUACGCUAGACAUCUAGGAGCUUGCUUGCUGGUGCUGAGCUUGGUCGGUCUGCUUCUUGCCUCCAAAGGUUACGCCUGGCCCUUCUGGGUCAUGCCCAGUCUGGCAGCCCUCGUCGGGCUGGUGUGGCUGUCGGAUUACGAGGUGUGGGUGUGGUGGGUCUGCUGCGGCUUGCUGGCACACACAGGCCUCUGCCUGUAUUUGUUGGGGCACUACAACGUGGCCAAGGCCUGCUGGUGGUGCGGGAGCAUAAAGGGCUAUGUCGGAUUGUGCAUUCUGCUGGUGAGCCUUCACCAGCUCGCUGGCCUGUGCUGGAUUGCGCUGGGCCUCUUGGGGCUCUGCCUGUCCGUGGUGGGUCGCCUGAGGAGCUGUUGGAUCAUGGCUGGCUUGCUGGGCUACAGUGGCAUGUGGUGCGCCUGGGUGGGUGACGCUGAGCUGUCCGCCGUCACGCUGGGCGUCGCUGGCUUAUCAUGGUCGUGCUGGUCCUAUUACCCUCACUAGGCUGGGUUUCUU